AACAAAGGAUUUUUGAAAUUGACAUCAGACAUGACAACUCAAAUUUUAGCUAUGUAUAAAAUGUUUGAAUUUUGAUAUUUAUUGACAAUUUUAUUAACAUAAGACAAUUAUUAAUGUUUUUAAGUAACAAUCAUAUUUAAUGUACAUGCUAAGUAAGCAAAUUAAUUAACAAUUUUCACCAAUCAAUUAAAGUAUAAGGAAUUAUUGAUCUUAAAAAUAUUGAACGAAGCCUGUGGGAAUGGCGGAUACUUUGGACCCACUCUCACCGAGCUUGAAUGAUUCACCACAGUCAUCGGGGUUGAUGCAUAAGUUAAGAUCAAGAUUCACGAGAACCACCCCAACUAGACCGCCUGGAGAUGGAUAUGUUGAAUUUGGCGAGUUUCGGUCGGAGCGGCCCGGUGUUAAGAAGGUUGGCACCUUCGCCGGUGUCUUCUGCCCCGUGGUGCUGUCUAUGUUCAGUGCGCUUGUGUUUAUACGAAUGGGUUACCUAGUUGGAAAUGCAGGACUUCUAGUAACGUUAGGGCAAUUUGGACUUGCAUAUUUAAUAGUAGGGUUCACUGUUAUGUCAAUAUGUGCUAUAUCUACGAAUGGAGCUGUAGAGGGAGGGGGAGUAUACUUCAUGAUUAGUAGGACAUUAGGUCCAGAAUUCGGUGGAGCGAUCGGAACAUUGUUUUUCUUGGCUAACGUCGUCUCGAGUGCUCUCUGCAUUUCUGCUUGCACUGAAGCACUUGUAGAGAAUUUUGGACCCAACGGCUACCUGGUGGGCGACAGCCCGGGGCUGCCCAACGGCUACUGGUACCGGUUCCUGUACCGCUCGGCGCUGAACGCGGCGGGGCUGGGCGUGUCGCUGGCGGGCGCCUCGCUGUUCGCGCGCACCAGCCUCGCCAUCUGGGUGUCCACCGUCGUCUGCCUGUUCAGCGCGCUGCUCAGCUUCUUCAUCACGGCGCCCGGACAGAUUGAGAAGCCGGACACGAACACCAUCGCGAACGCCACGAACUUCACGUACAGCGGGCUGAGCGCGGCCACGCUGCGCGGGAACCUGUACGAGCAGUACGCGCGCGACUACAGCACGGCGGCGGGCGAGCCGGCCGACUUCGCGGCCGUGUUCGGCGUGCUGUUCACGGGCGUCACCGGCGUCAUGGCCGGCGCCAACAUGAGCGGUGAAUUGAAGAGUCCAUCUCGAAGCAUCCCCCUCGGGACACUCGCGGCACUUCUGUUCACGGCACUAUCGUAUGCAGCGCUGUCUAUCCUGACGGCGGCGACGUGUUCCAGGGAACUGCUGCAAAACAACUAUGUGUACUUGCUGCCUAUUAACGUGUGGCCGCCGUUCAUUGCUGUUGGCAUGUUAACGGCUACAUUUUCAGCUGGUCUGUCAAAUUUGAUUGGUGCGUCGAGAGUUCUAGAAGCAUUAGCCAAAGAUAAUAUAUUCGGCUUCUUACUCCGUCCAAUGGUAUCUCGAUCCGGCAAUCCAGUGGUAGCGGUGAUCGCGUCGUGGUUGUUAGUGCAAAUCGGCAUCAUGGCAGACUCCUUGAAUACCAUUGCUCAGGUGAACUCGGUGCUCUUCAUGACAAGUUACUGUGCGAUAAACCUCGCCUGUCUCGGCCUAGAUCUCGCAUCAGCACCAAAUUUUAGGCCGUCGUUCCGGCAGUUCUCGUGGGCGUCGUCGCUGGCGGGGCUGUUGGGCUGCGCGGCGCUGAUCUUCUCCCUGCGGCCGGCCUACGCGUGCGGCGUGGCGCUGGCGUGCUGCUCGCUGGUGGUGGCGCUGCACCUGCUGUCGCCCGCCGCCGCCGACCCCAAGUGGGGCAGUCUCAGCCAGGCGCUCAUCUUCCACCAGGUCCGCAAAUAUCUGUUGCUGCUGGACCCUCGUCGGGAGCACGUGAAGUUCUGGCGACCUCAGAUGCUGUUACUCAUCGGUUCUCCGAGGCAAACCGCGCCCCUAAUUGACUUCGUUAACGACCAGAAAAAGGGUGGCCUAUUUGUCAUCGGUCACGUAAGAAUUGGUCAAUUGGAUGGGAGCGGGGACCCUCUGGCCGAUGAACAGAAAUAUUGGUUGAAGCUGAUUGACCAUCUAAAGGUGAAGGCGUUCGUGGAGCUGUGCCUGUCGGACGGCAUCCGCAGCGGGGCGGCGCACCUCACGCGCCUGGCGGGGCUCGGCGCCAUGAAGCCCGACACCGUGCUGCUGGGCUUCCGGGACUCCGCGCAGCCCUGCGACUUCUUCAGAGACCCAGCCUCCCCCUACAAAACUCAGGAUUUCGACCUCGACAAUGGACAAGUGAUGUUUCCAACUCGGACCGCGUUUUCACCCAGAAUGUCUGCCGCGGAGUACGUCAGGAUAGUCUCGGAUGUGCUCUGUGUGAACAAGAACGUGUGUCUGUGUAGACACUUCCAUAAUUUGAAUAUGGCGGCGGUUGAACGACGGUCUAGUGCGCUGAAGUACAUCGACGUGUGGCUGGUGGAGGCGCUGUCACCGUCGCGCGAGGAGCCCUUCACGGUGCGCGCGCUGUUCGCCCUGCAGCUCGCGGCCGUCGUGCGCUCCGCCCGCGGCUGGCAACACCUCGCGCUCCGAGUGCACGUCGUCACCGCACACGAUAACAGUCACACGUUCGGUUCCGAAUCGAUGACGGAGCCUGGUCUACCGGAGAUGUCUCCCGGGCGACCCGUGCAGGAGCGCCUUGACGAGCUGCUCAAGCUGCUCAGGAUCAGCGCUUACACACACACCGUAACUGAUUGGCCAAAAUUCGAUCACGAUGUCAACCGUUAUUUGGACCCGAACUCGAAUGAAAACAGCGUAUACCAGCGCGUACCGAUGAGCUAUUUACAAAGAGUGAACAGAAUAAUCAAGAGUCGCUGUGAGGAAGGCACGGCGGUGACGUUCGUGCAGUUACCGCAGCCUCCCAAACUGUCCCCCACUCCGACCGAAGCCGAUGAGGUUAUCUGCGAACAGUAUAUGAAGGUCCUGGAUGAGUUGACAAAGGAUCUCUCUCCGACUAUACUCGUCCGUGGAUUGAAAUCUGUCACGUCAACAUCGCUAUAAGCAUCCGAGAAACCGUCCUCAAAACAUCAGCUCCAGACCCCGGGGUAUAUGUCUGGGUGUAAUAUGUAAGCAUGGGUUAACCAAAAAUGAUGCCUAAAAUGAUUUAAUUUUAAUCUUUUCAUCCAAUAAUUGUCACAUAUUUCUUAUUUAUUUAUUGCAUUACAAAGGAAAUGCAUCAUACCAUUAAAAAAAUAUAUAAAAUGAAAGUUUGUUCAAUUUGAUGAUGAAAAUAUUAUAAGUAAACUUUAAUCAAUAUUGGAUGAAAAUUUUAAGUACCAAUUUAGUAUGUAAGAAGUAUGAAAUACACCGAUAAUAUUUUUAAAUCAGGCUCAUCUAAAGCCGGUUACUAUAUUUAAAAAACCUGCCAGAAGACGCUCUCAAAGAAUCGAUAAUUAUUGAAACUAACAAUAAUUAAAUAUAAUAAGCAGAAAACAUAGAGCUAUAUAUGUUUUUUUACUACAAUAAUAUAUAGUAAUGAGGUUUAUACGCGCCACGAAGUAGAGAAGGGCGGGGACAAAGGGUAAGACGGCAUACGAGAGCGUCAUACCGCUUGCCGACUCGGCAAACGAGUCGGUCUUACCCCCAAGGCGCGUACAUAGAUUCACAUUAAAUAAAAACGAUUAUUUUUUUUAUUACGGUUAGUAGAAUUAUCUAAUUGACGCUUGCAAUAUUUUUUUUUUUUUAUUGAAACUGACAUCUUGUUAUAUUGCUUUUUACUAUGCGUUAUUUGUAGCAAAGUAAUAGUAAAGACUUCUAAAUUACGCCUCGUAGCCGAUUCUACUAGCAAUAAUGAAAAUGAAUCGUUUCUUAAAUAUAGUAACCGUACAUUAGAGGUAAUACACAUAGGCCUUGAAUCUGAAGUAGAUCAAUUAUAUUUUUAUACGGAAAAUUAUACUGUAGACUAAAAAUAUAGGCGUAGUUAUAUCAUUUGUUUUAUAUUAUCUGUGGUAUAAUUUUUGUAAUGUAAAAAUUUAGUGUUUUUUUUUUUCAUUUUGACAUUUUACUCAAUUUUUGACUGUGAUGUUAAGUCUGUACGAAACGGUGCGGUUUUUGUUUUCAUGACUCAAAUUUUAUUGUUUAGUAUAAAGUAUUAUUAUUGACAUAUUAUUUAGUAAUAUUUUAUAGUUUAGUCAGUAGUAAUUUAGUUAGAUGAGUUCGCCUUAAAGGCUUAGCUGUUAGUUAUUAAAUUUCAUGUGAUUGUUUUUUGACAGUUAUAUAAAAUAUUACAUUUUUUUUACUUAUAUGUACUUUAUAAUAGAAGGUGAAGGAAAAACAUCGUGAGGAAUGCAUGUGUCUUAUUUUAUUGACAUUCUGCCACAUGUGUUCUACCAACCCGCAUUGGAGCAGCGUGGUAGAAUAAGCUCCAAACCUUCUCCUCAAAAAGAGAGAGGAGGCCUUAGCCCAGCAGUGGGACAUUAACAGGAUGUUACUGUUACUUUAUGAAUAAAAAAAUAUAUCGUAAACGUUUUAACACUGCAUGUAACGCUGCUGGGCAAGUUUUCCCACCAGGCUGCUCUAAUAGGAGGGGGUGUUCGAUAUACAUGUGGCAGAAUUCUAUAUUCAUCCAGGAGAUGAAUUAUAAUUACAAAUUAAACGUAAACAUUGAACGGUACUUGAUUUAAAAUAAACUUCUCUCUCUGAGCCAUCCCGGCUCAUUAAUGAUAAUUGUAACACGGCUUAUGAUAAUUUAUUAAAUUUCACUGUAUUUCUUUCAAAGCAAUCACAUUAUCAUAAAGAAUAAAAUGACUCGAUGACUUUUAAUCAUUCUCUUUAUAAUUAAUAAUAAUUUAUAUUUGAAUAGUUAAUUUGAUACUUCUAUUUCAUAUGAUUAAAAAAAAAACAAUCUUAUGAUAUAACACUUGUGACAGAAUACCGUUAACAGACUAAUGAUUCACACCAGUGUUGUAGAACUAUCGAUAGUUCGACUAUCGAUAGUUGACCUCAAAAUGUAUUCAGGAUAUCGAUAGUACUAUCGAAGUUCGUGUUGUGUCAAUACUAUCGGUAUUAUCAAUGGUAUCGAUAGCUCACCAUGAGCCAUACUAUUGAUAACAGCAAUACUAUCGACAGUAAUUAUAGGUCUCCGUGCACAAUACUAUCGAUAACAGCAGUACUAUCGAUACUAUCGAUAGAAUUCAUUCGGUAGUAAAGAUUUAAUAAAACUUUAAAACUAUCGAAAAAUCAUUGACUAUCGAUUGGUUUUAGUUAAAACUAAUAAAUUUUGCAAUACUUUCGUUACUAUCGAAUUAAUUACUAUCGAUAAUAUUGCUGUUAUAAAUAGUAUUGAUUAUGGUGAGUUAUCGAUACUGUCGAUAUAACCGAUAGUAUUCAUACGUGACUAUAAUAUCGAUACACUAUCGAUACAAUUGCUUACAUUUUAACUUUCGAUAAACAAUCGAUUGUCUAUCGAUAGUGGACUAUCGACAAGCAACACUAAUGUACACAAAUGAAGUAAUUAUUUUUAAAACUGGUGCGUCCUUAUAUUUCAAAGCGAAGUUAUCCUCCGUUUAAGUCGCUAUAUGGCAUAUUUUAGGACUAGACUAUGUUUUAAUUAGUCAGUCAGAACACUGACUUAUUUUAUGAAGGUUAAAGUUAGGAAGAAGGAAGUUAAUAUGAAAGAAAUUUCAUUAAAAAGAAAAAUCUUGGAAUUCGUCCAUUUAAUUAAAAUGUAUAGGAACUGACAACAAUUUUUUAAAACUGUUAAAUAGAUGUUCAUACCAAUAUAUUUGAAGGGUUAAAUGAAAAAAAAGUCCGUUUAGGAUUUCUAUUAACAAGAACUUUUGUCUAAGAAAAACUCGUUAGUAACGUUUCACUUAAAAACGUUACGUGGAGUCUAAUACGACCUCGAACUUAGAUUACAUUCAGUGUACCCAAAAUAAUGUCACUUUAAAGAUAUCAAAAUUUUAAAGAAAUUUAUUUUUAAACAUUCUUAUGAUAUUUUUUUUAUAAAUCAAUUUAUAUCCUAAUUAAGUAUAAUCUAGAUUAAUUAGCCAAUGUUUUUUUUCUAUGUUAUGUAAUGUCGCAGUCCAAUAAAUAUAUACUAUAUUAAAAAACGUCUUUUAAAAAGAUUUGUAUUUUAAAUUGAAGUUUUAUGUCUUUUUCUAAUUCUGUAAUUAAAUAUAUAUUUUAGUUAAAUUGUAAUAUUUUUAUUCAAAUACUUUUUUUAAAGAUGAUUUGUAUGGUUAAGCGUUGCUGGUUCUAAUAUGCAUUCCAUCGAGAAGAAACGGUAGAAGAAAGUAAAUAGAAGGUCCUUAAAAUAACUGCACAAGAUACCGCCCGCCAUUUGUACCUAUUUGUCAGAUGAUAUACAUAAUAUUUUUAAUAAAGUUAGAUUUUUAUGUUUUCAUGUAUCGUAUUUAUCAAUUUGUUAAUUUUUAUUAUUAUAUUAUACAAGCAAUUCUAAAUAUAACUUAAAUGUCGAAUUUAUAAUAAAAAUUGUAAUAUUUUUUAAAUUGUUAAGUUUCUUAUCACGAUUGUAUGUCGACAUCAAAAUCUUUUUAAUCUGUAAUUUCUUAAAAAAAAAUAUAAAUCAUUAUUCCUUAAUUCCAAUUCGUAUUUUUGAUUAUCUCAUUUUCUUUGCUUUGAACAGAGACUUGUUUUUAUUCAUUCUUUAUUAAUUGAUGUGUGACAUAUUUUAUAACUUUUGUUGGAUUGCGACGUCACAUUUAUUGUAUCUUAUGUUGUAGGUAAUAAGGUUGAUAUUUAAUUGUAAACAUUUAUAUGCAAGAUAUGUUGAUUGCGUACAAUACACCAAAUAAUAGUAAAAGUAAUAUCAUAGCCUGCAACUGUUCAUCUUCCACUUCCAUUUUGUCUCUUGUCUCACCUUUACCGCGUUUCCCCCACGAAGUGGAGUCGCAGGGUAUGUGUAUAUCCGGCACACAAUAAAAAACCAGCGGUGCCCACUUUGUCUCUUACAGGAGCGUAUGGUCCGCUUUUGAAUCAAAUUCCUAGAUAGGUGUCCGAUCUCGUCUCGCCUUAUCUCGACUCAAUUACCAUUUGAGUACAAACAAAUAAUUAUUUAUAAAUUUUGUGACAUUUGACUUCGCACUCUACGAUAAUUUAUAAAAAUAUUUGAGAGCAUACUGUAAGAACUCAAUAAUGUAAUAACUCAACGAUGUAACUAGUGUAACUCUAGCGAUUUGAAGUUUUGAAUUUAUACCUAUAAAUUUUUUUUAUAUUUUUUUGAUAUAGUUAUAGGUAGGCGGACGAGCAUAUGGAUCACCUGAUAGUAAGUGUCACUGACGCCAAUCGACAUUGUCAUUGUAAGAAAUGUUAGCCAUCGCUUUCAAGAUAUUAUGUCCCUUGUGCCUCUAAUUACACUGGCUCACUCACCCUUCAAACCGGAAAACAGCAAUACCAAGUACUGAUGUUUUGCGGUAGAAUAUCUAAUAAGUGGGUGGUACCUACCCAAACGAGCUUGCACGAAGCCCUACCACCAGUUCAACCAAGUAAUUAAAUUUUAGUACCAUAACAUUUGAUUCCAUCGAUAUUAUAUGCUUUAUGUUAUGUUUAACUUUAAACUAUUAUUCGCUCAUAUUAAUUAAAAUUUGUUAUAAUGCCCCAUUUUUAUAGUGUAGUGUAGUAUAUAAGCAGCUGACACAUGGUAUUGAGGAGCAGUAAUAAAUUUAUCUUCAAACCUUAAACAUCUACUUUAUUUACCUAGUCCCGUCCUUACAUGGCGACCCUGCCAUUUAAGGUUCGGUUUCGGGUUCUAACGAAGUGCAGUAUAACAAUAUAAUGUCGCUCUGUGUAAUAUUGGACAUUCGUGUAUUUAAUUGUUCGAACGUUAGUAGCGUCAUAAUACAAAAUGGGCAAAGAACAAAGUAAAGAACAAAUUGUGAUUGCACAAAAUGCCGCAGGAGGCGUGAAUUCGGCCGACGUGGAACUAAUACACCAAAAUCAGAAAGUGACAAAUAUAAUUUUGGGUAUUUUUCUUUUACUUUUAAUUUUGGGGGCAAAGUUUGCCAUAUAUAAAUUAUAUAAACGCUGCCACAUAAACUGGAUGCGUCAGGAGAUGGCCAGGAGCGCUUUCAGACGUUCGAGGCGUGGACCAGAGACUGGAGAAAUAAAUCAGGAACGUGUCGUUUAGCCUGGAGACGCAUCAAUGGAUGCUUAUAAAAAAAAUAGGAGUGUAAAAGUGUGAAAAAUAUAUAAAAGGAGAAGUGAAAUAGUGUCAUCAGCAAAGGUGUUAUGGUAUUAUAGACAAUAGAUUUAUUCAUAUUUUAUCAUUAUUUUUAAGUGUAUAUUUUUAAGCCAUUUUUUGUUAUUUUUCGGUACUAAAUAUUAUAUUAUGUUUCUUAAAGUUGUUAGAACAGAAAUAUUUAGAGGCAAAAAGUUUAUAUGACGAAUAUAUAAAAUAUCGUGACGAGUUAAACUUUAAUGCAUCUAAAGGGUAUAUAAAAAAGGAAUAGAUAAAUUACUUAUUAGUUGCUUGCGAAGAAAUUGAAUCGUUUUAUCAAAAAAUUCAAACAACUUGUUUAGUUAGUGACCAAGAUUUUAGCACCAUGACUGACUUUGACAUGAAAACUGCUACUUCUCUUCUACCUAUUAUGACAGGAGAUGAAGAAGUUACUAAAAAAUUAAUAGAUUGUAUCGAAUUCUAUAGCCAAACCAUUAGGAAAGAACAUGAACAGUUACUUAUUUCUUUUGUCCUUAAAACUCGUUUAACUAAAAAUGCCAAAUUACGUUUGUUAUCUAACUAUGAAUCUUCCACAGAACUUAUUG